GUCUAUUCUUCUCUUCUUCUCUCUUUUUUUUCUUUGUUUCUGUUUCUGGUUUCUUCCUUCCUCUGUCAUCCUUCACUUUUCUCUUCAUAUCAUCUGGCCAUGACAAGUUCACUUCCAGCAAUCCCCAAGAACCAUCCCGUCUUUUCCUCACAAUCCCCGACCAUGACUUUAGGUGUUAUUGAUGGCCUCGAAGUCGAAUACAAAGAGGGUGCCAUUUCGCAAAUGCAGCCGCAACAGCAAGGAAAGCAACAACUUUCUUCGGGACAGCAGACCCCUCAACAACAACCACCACCACAAGGAUGGACCGUGCGCGCACUUUACGAUUUUGAAGGCCAACCUGAAUUCUCAGAACUAUCUUUUUCAGCGGGCGACGUGUUGAAAGUAAUCAAAGUUGGGCUUGCGGAGGGCUGGUCCUUGGCUGAAAAGGAUGGUGCCCGAGGUUUAGUUCCUGAAUCAUAUAUUACUUAUAUCCAUGAUUUUUCGGUCUCCCCUGAUGGUCAUGUCGGCGGUCACACCCAGGAAACGUCCGUUGCAUCCGUUUACUCUACUUACUCGACCGCCACCGUUAAUACCAUUAAUACCAACCCACGUAAUUCUGUUUUUGGUAAACGCCAAUUGAACCGCUUCUCUUGGUUCGUUACCACAGGCGCUGAAGAGUUUGUUUUAACAGGGGGAAGUGCCAAUAACCAGACCAACUCGGGCAAGGCAGGGUCCACAUCGACAGAAGCAGAAAGCCGUCGUCUCGGAUCAACGCAUGAAUCCAGCCCGGGUGGCUCUAUCAGGCAGUCACAGGGGCCCGGGUCGAGUGUUCGGAGUCAUAGUGGAGAGAAAGUUAUUGAGGAUUCGGAAGAUGAGGAGGAGGUGACCGAAUCGGACAAGCACUAUAUUCAAUCAGGGCCUACUUGGCAAGAAAAGGUCCCUCUGUUCAGUGUCCGAGUACACGAUCCAGAGACAAGGCGCAAGAUGGCGGGCAUGCAGGAGUACACGCUUUUCCAUGUAACCUCAACGUUUAAGGAAGGAGUGUCUGUCACAGUUGAGCGUCGUUACAGCCAAUUUCAAUGGCUCUAUGAUCGUCUUGUGACCAAGUUUGGCGCGCUCAUUCUGCCACCACUACCUGAAAAGCAAUAUGCAGGUCGCUUUGCUGAGGAGUUUAUUGAAUGCAGACGACGUGCCUUGGAGAGGUUCUUGAGCCGACUUGUGCGACAUCCUGUUUUGCGCUAUUCCGAUUUACUGACACAUUUCCUAAGCUGUAAUGACGAUGGCGAUUGGAAACGCGCAGAACGUAAGUUCGACAAUGAUCGAAUUACUGGCACAGCUUUCUUCCAACAUGUCUACCACCCUGAGUUUAAUAUCAAUGAAGAUGGGGAGCUUGAUUUGGCGGAGAGCUUCAAUGCACAUUGCAAAGGAUCCGAGAGAAUCAUGCCUUUCUUAAUGGACGCAUCAACAGCUUACAAGGAGGGGAUCGAAGAUUCUCAAUUCAGGUAUAAACGCCUUGGGCUUGCUCUUUUGGCCUUAGUUUCGACCACAAAGGAUGGCCCAGAGAAUAAAACCCUAAACGAUGAGCUUGCAUGGUGUUGGCGCGAAAACUGUAAAGAUUGUUUACGCUUAACUAAGGCAAUGCAGACUACUGCAGAGGCUUUGCAGCUUAUGGCAGAUGUUCAUCAGACACACAUUUCAGAAGGAUGUCAGGAUUGGCUUGAUACCAUCAAAGAAAACGCAACUCCUUCAUCUACUUUUGCCCCUGUCAUCGAUAUGCACAACGGCACACAUAAAAAACUGGUCGAGGUCUGUGAAAAGGAGCAAACAAUGGAGGAAAUUGUUUCGGAAACCGUGAAGUCAAGAUGCGACACAGUUUUUAAUAUUACUCUGGCAGAAAUGGAUCGAGCCCAUGACGAGCGUGUCCAAGAUUUCCGAAAAGGCACCAAGGAUUUCCUAGACUCCGAGAUUGCUUAUCAUGAAAAGAUGCUUGCCCAUCUUAAGAAAGCUCGUGCGGUUUUUGAUGAACCAUGUUAUGACGGCCUGGCUAGCAUGCCACGUUUCCGUUCCAAGUAUGAGAAAGAGCUGGAUGAUCAGCGAUAUCACUCACAAAAGCCUUCACGCCCUGUUUCAUCUGCCUCGGUUGCCUCAGUAUCUAACAUGGUCGGGGGUGUAAUGGAUGGCAUGAAUGGAUUAAUGAAGACCAAGACACGAGCUUCAACUGGGAGAGGCCUCAUGGGAUUCUGGUCUUGAUAAAGAUGGAAAAGGAAGUGGAAUUAGGAUUGUACAAGCGAAAUAGUUCCAUUAAAGAAGUUG